UCACGUCCAAGAACUCCACCCUGUUGUCAGAGGUCCCUCGAGGAUUCUGCCUGCAGUGUGAUUUCCUGUUCUUUUUCUCCCCUUUAUUUUUCUUCUGGCGGCACUGUGCCGUCUGCGAUACCCUGCCUCGCCCACUGUUCUGUGUCGUCUGCGCACGUACGGCGUGAUUGCUAGGGCUGUAAUUAAGGCGCGGCCUUUCGACGGAAGUGGAAAAGGUCAGAAAGGGAAGAGUGCUGGAAAAGCGUUCCCUAUGCCACUGGUCACCCAUCAGUCCUUGUCGGGACAUGGGACGGGCCUGUCUUCUGGUCUCCGCCUGUCUUCUGGUGGCCACUUCUACGGUUGUCCGCGCGCAAAGGGACACGGACUUCUACUUCGGCACCAGGGUGCGCUGCCACACGUGCGACGCCGACUUUACCAUCGAGAAGUUCUCGGUGGACCACCCCUGCCUGGUUGGACAGCGAGAGAGGGACGUGGCCUACUGCAGCGUCAACUCAAACUUCUGUAAGGUGGAGGUGACGCGCCUCAACGGCGUGCUGGUGACGUACUCGCGGCGGUGUGCCGAUAAAUGCUCCCCGAAUUGCUACGAGAAGGGCUUCGGCAUGCUCAGGGAGCAGUGCACAUACUGCUGCCGCCGCAACCCCGCCUGCGGGGAGAAGCGCAAGCCCUGACGCCCGCCGCACGGCACACCCACGGCCGCCACCACAGCUCAUCCAUCCAGCCCAGCACGCAUAGUAGGCCAGCCAGCGCUGCCGCCGAGGCGGGCGUCAGGGCCCCAGACAGCGCCGGGCCAGCCUCCGAGCUCCGUAGGGACCGCCACAAGCCUUCCUCCUUCCUCCUCGCCUGCUGGCAAAUCCUGGUGGCUGCCAUCGGCCACUGUCGCCGCAGCCUUCCUCGCCACGCGUCUCUGCUGCGCUGUCUGCUGAUCGCCGACACGUGACAGAGCCCUCUGAAGGGCGCCUGACUCCUCUAUGCAAAGGCGCCUGGAUGGAUGGAUGGAUGGCGGCUAUACCCUUUCUAACUGGCGGCGGCUGGCGCCACCUAGCCUUUUGCUCCCCCUCCUAUUUUAUUAUUAUUCUUUUUUCCCUCUUUUUCUCAACCUAGUUUUUACUCCCCUCCUCCCCCCAAGAUAACUAUCUAAAACAGUAGAGGAAACAUUAUGUCCCCGAUUUAUGUUAUUAUCUAUCCCUUGACCUCCUCCACCAAUCCUCUAGCCUCCCCUUCGUUACUGCCACUAUUUUCUCGUCUAUUUGCCCUCGGUCCCCGGGAAAACCUAAUGCCCCUUCCAUAUCUGCCACUGUUCCCUCUGCCAUGGUCGGGCGAAGGGCUGUGCAUCUCAGCACUAUAUGCUCAGUGGUCUCCAUUUCGGCUCCGCAAGCUGUGCACCGAAGGUCCACGUCUUCAAAUUUAGCCCUGUAUGUUUUCGUUCUCAAAACCCCCGUCCUAGCCUCGAAUAAUAGUGAGCUGCCCCGCGAGUUAUCAAAUAAGAGCUCUCUCUUAAUCUCCUGUUUUUGUUACCUAUUCAUUGAUAGCGAUGGCUUUCCGAGCAUUCUUUCUUCCCACAACUUUCUUUCCGUCUCCUUCACCUCCUUUUCCCACACUAGAACCACUUUGGACCCCCUCCCUCGGCUGUAGGUAUCUAUUCCUCAGCUUCCUCGUUCUGAGUGUCCACUUUGUGUUCAAACUGUUCAUGUACAGAUAUUUGUACACUUUUCCUGCCCACCUUUUUUCCUCCAGUGCUGGGAGUCUCUGUUCAAAUUUUAGUUUACUUAUUGCCUCUCUACCUUCAAAUGACGACCAUCCCAUGUACCCCUGCACUCCCUCAUUAGGGGUGUUCCCGUGUGCUCCUAAGGCCAACCUGCCUACACUUCUCUGUCUCGUUUCCAUGCAUGUCUGAACUUCCGAUUUCAUGCACAGUACUGAAUUUCCGAAUGUGAGGCCAGGUACCAUAACCCCUUUCCAUACGCCCCUAACCACCUCGUACCUAUUAUAGUUCCAAAGUGCCUUGUGUUUCAUUACAGCCGAGUUCCUUUUCACUUUUUCAAUCAUAGUUUUUUCCUGUUCUUCCAAGUACUUUUUGCCCUCGUUUAGCCAUAUGCCCAAAUACUUGUAUUUUUCAACAUGAUCAAUCUUAGUGCUUUGUAUUUCCAAUGGUUCCCCCCUUUCUUCAUUGUAUACUAUUAUCCCAGACUUCUCUCUACUGAAUUGCAGUCCCAAUUUUUCUCCCUCCUCUCCACAUAUGCUCAUUAGUUCCUGUAGCCCUACUCGGGUGUCAGCAAGCAGUACAAUAUCUGCAUACAUCAGUCCGGCUAGUACUUGAACUACCUUCUGCCCUUACAGCAUAUAGCUUAUGUCGGUUCCUAUUGUGCUCUGUUCUAGUCUCUUUCCCAUUUGGCUCAUGUAGAUCAUAAAAAGCAGAGGUGACAAUGGACAGCCCUGCCUGAGGCCUCUUCUUAUUUUAGCUGGCUUUGUAGUUUCCCCCUCCCAUGUUAUCUCUACCUCAUUAUCUGUAUAAACUUGUUGUAGGAACUCAAUCAUCUUUCUCUCUAGACCAUAUUCCCUCAACUGGCUCCAUAACUUUUCUCGGUUUACAUUAUCAUAAGCUCCUCUAAUGUCUAAAAAGGCUAUCCAUAGUGGUUUCUGCCUGGCUGUCGCUAUCUCUAUGCACUGCGUUAUUAUUGCUGCCUGCCUUUAUUGAGCACAGUGUUUGCAAUAGUGUUUGGCUCAGCUGAAGGAGAUCGCAGGCACCACCGCUCAACUCUCGCUUUGCCACGUUAUAAUCGGAGACGGUAAUUUUACCGCCACUGGCUUGGCAGAUGAACUUCAAUGCAAAGGCACGCGAGGCAGUGUUUUCUUUAUUUCUACUUCUAGCUGCUCCCAAGUGUUGCGAGAUACGGGAGAAAACAGGCAUAUACCUAACGUAACCGUGGUUUCGAUUGUAGGUAAAACAAGAAAUGAUCAAAAGUAAGUUAGGGGAGCUACUGUAAAUUUAUGUUGUAAUGCAGCACAGAAAGUGUCGAUUAAGAAGGACAGAUAUAGCGUGAACCAUCCCUUCUUCAGUUUCUCAUUGUGGUGACUUUUUGCAUUGCAUUACAAGAUAUACUUACUUCAGAGAUGAGCUAAUUCUCCCACAAAUGUGAGGCCACCAUCUCAA